CUCCAAAAAUGGCGAGCAGUUUGCAGAUACCAAUCUGCAUACCCACCUGUUCUUCCUCUCGAAAGUCACAAACUUUCUCAACCUCUUGCUCCCUCAACGCCAGAGCCAAAGCCAAAAUCCCAAUCCCUCGUAUAAACCCUAGAGACCCCUUCCUCUCCCGCCUCGCCUCCGUCGCCGUCAACUCGCCGGAAACAUUGCUCAACCGCCCCUCCAACAACUCCGACUCUCUUCCUUACUUGGAUAUCUUCGACGAGCCCAAGCUCAUGGCCACCCCUGCCCAAGUGGAAAGAUCAGUUUCUUACAAUGAGCAUAGACCAAAGAAGCCUCCUCCGGAUUUGCCCUCAUUGCUACUCCACGGCAGAAUAGUUUAUAUCGGCAUGCCUCUCGUACCAGCAGUCACAGAGCUUAUUGUUGCAGAGCUGAUGUAUCUGCAAUGGAUGGAUCCGAAACAACCGAUCUAUAUUUAUAUUAAUUCAACUGGAACAACACGUGAUGAUGGUGAAACGGUUGGCAUGGAGUCGGAGGGUUUUGCCAUCUAUGAUGCGAUGAUGCAGUUGAAAAAUGAGAUACAUACUGUUGCUGUUGGGGCUGCUAUAGGUCAAGCUUGUUUAUUGCUUGCAGCAGGAACUAAGGGAAACCGGUUCAUGAUGCCACAUGCCAAAGCCAUGAUCCAGCAGCCUCGUGUCCCAUCAUCUGGUCUGAUGCCUGCGAGCGAUGUUCUUAUUCGUGCGAAAGAGGUAAUUACAAAUAGGGACACUCUUGUAAAACUUCUGUCCAAGCACACAGGAAAUUCCGUGGAGGCUGUAUCUAACCUGAUGAAAAGACCAUAUUAUAUGGAUUCUACAACGGCUAAAGAAUUCGGUGUUAUUGACAAAGUCUUGUGGCGUGGUCAAGAAAAGAUUAUGGCAGAUGUAGCCUCCCCUGAGGAUUGGGACAAGAAUGCUGGUGUCAAAGUUGUAGAUGAACUUUAGUCUAUCUGAACAUGGAUGCUAUGUUGUCAUUAUAGUAUAGCAAAUUUUUAGAAGCUGUUACAUGGUUGGUCACUUGAUGGGACAAUUGGUUGAAGCAUUGAAGCAUCACAGUGAUGGGAGUAAAACAAUAUCAGCUCGGGGAGUGACCUGUUUAUGAGCAAAGAUUUAGACGAAAGAGACUGAACAGUGUAGUUGGCAUCAAAUUGAAGCGACUGUCGAGCAAUCUAGAGGGUUCGCAAACUCACCUGAAACUUACAGCGUCUCACUUUGUUUUGUGUUAAUGAUGUAAAAUUUUCAUUGAUCACUUAUCACUAAGCUUUUCAUUGAGAUGGUGUCUCAUGCUUGAGGGUCCGGUCAUAAAUCCAAGCAAAAAUGGAGCAGAUUAUUUUUAAAUAAAUUUAAAAAUAUGCUUAGAUUACCUCUAAUGCUAGACUUGGAAGACACUGGUCUGCAAUAUUCCUCUAAUACAAUAUUCAUAGUGAACUCUAUGAAGUUCCCCUACAUUUGGUUCACCUUGCAUUGCUAUGUUGGAUUUUCCUUUUACUGCUUUUUCAAAAUUCUGAAAAUAGUCGAUCGAGUACCAUUUGGUUUAACAAUAUAAAAGUUUAUCUUUCGUAAGUGAGAGUUUGUAAGUGAAAUUUAUG